AUGGUUGAGCCAGGGGCCUGUGAUCAAAGUUUUGGUAUUCAUGUCGCAGAAUUUGCAAACUUCCCAGAAAGUGUUGUCACUCUUGCUAGAGAAAAGGCUGCUGAGUUGGAAGAUUUCUCGCCUAUUUCUAUCAUCUCAAAUGAUGCCAAAGAAGAGUUGGGAUCUAAACGGAAGAGAGCGUGUGACCCCAAUGAUAUGUCCGUAGGUGCAGCCCGAGCUCGCCAGUUCUUGAAGGACUUCUCAGAGUUGCCACUAGAUAAGAUGGACCUCAGGCAGGCCUUGCAUGAAGUGAGCAAACUGAGAAAAGACUUGGAGAAUGAUGCUGUGAACUGUCGCUGGCUCCAGCAAUUUUUUUAGUUUUCUUCAAAAGUGGUCCACAAUUUUGGUUUUUUGGUAGGCCUUGUAGCCCUGUAAAUGAAAUACAAGGCAAAUAGGCAGUAGUCCCAUGUGAAAUGGGCACAAUGCCCUUACAUAUUGCUCCCUUUUGGCCCCUUAAUGUCUUUUAUUUGGAAGUCUUGUGUGCUUGCACCCCUAUAGAUACUCUAAAGGGUGCAAAUGUCUUUUUAAUCGAAAUUUUUUUGAAG